AUGAAGCCUUGCCUCAUCAAUUGGCCAUGUAUUCGUGUUGAAGCUGAUUCGGAUGGUAUGGCAUGGGGAAAGUGCAUGAGGGUCAGAGUCGCGGUGGAUUUGUAUAAACCUUUGCUACGAGGUAAAUGGGUGCAUUUGGAGGAUCAGAAGUAUUGGAUCUCUUUGAAGUACGAGCGUUUACAGCAUUUCUGUUUUCACUGUGGGAUCCUAUCUCAUAAACUAAAGGGAUGUCAGGGGCAGAGAAGUGUACCCCUGGGUGGUCAUUCAAAACCUGCACAAUUUGGCCCUUGGCUAAAGGCUGAUAUUCCCUUGAGUGAUUUUAAAGGUCAAGGAGGGGAAGGGUUCACAUUCCUUUUGGGAACAGAGCCAUUGAACUCUGGUUUUGUAAGCAUCUCUCAACGUGAUGCACCUAUUUGUGAAAAGGCCCAGGUCAAAGCAGCUCAAUCCUCAGACCACAGUCCUCUUGUAAUGUCCUUGAGAGGUGGAGUCAGGAGAUUGGCACAUGAGGAAAGGGCCAGACAGAGAAUUUUCAGGUUUGAAGCUAGUUGGAACUUACAUGAGGAAUGCAACAAUAUUAUCCAAACGACUUGGCAGAACCAGCCACCUCAGCAGAAUUCAAAUACUGGUUCAGAUACAGUAGCAGUCAAGAUGCUUCAGAAGGAUAUUGACAGAUUACUUGAAGAUGAGGAUGUCAAAUGCAAGCAAAGAGCUAAACAAUUAUGGUUGAAGGAUGGAGAUAGAAAUUCAAAGUUCUUUCAUAAGUGUGCCAACCAAAGAAGAAAGACUAAUGAGAUUAAAAACCUGGUUUGUGAGGAUGGUAGGAUGAUUAAUGAUGAUAUUGGGAUUUCUGAAGCCUUCAUCAAUCAGCAUUAUCAGGCUAUUUUCUCUACAAUGCACCCUAGCAUAUUUGAUGAAUGCCUGCGUAACACACAACCAAAAGUGACCGAGGAUAUGAAUAAUAACCUUUCAAGAAGCUUUACUACAGAGGAAGUAAAGGGAGCCCUUUUUCAGAUGAAUCCAUUGGGUUCUCCAGGUCCAGAUGGAUUCUCAGCUGUGUUCUAUCAAACUCACUAG